AUGUCUCUGCGUCUGCGCUACGCAGAUGGUAUUAACAAGGCAGCGCUUCAAGAGGCGCUAUGGGCUACACGGUCAAACGCUGCUGCUGACGCUUCUGCUGCUGCUGCUGCUGCUGCUGCUGCUGCUUCUGAAGAGAGGGAUGAGUAUUCCUUCAGGCCUAGGAUCUCUGCUGAGUCGCAAGUCCUGGCUGCUGCUGCUGCUGCUGCUGCUGCUGCCGCUGCAGCAAGACCAGCAGCAGAAGCAGCCGCAGCAGGAAACUGCAACAGUGUCCAUUUACGGCUGUACUACCAAGGGCUUGAGUCGAAGAGGAAGAAGCAGCAGCAAAAGUUUUUGCUGCUGCGUCAGCAGCAGCAGCAGCGAUCCCGCUGCAGCACGUUAGCCAGCAGCAGCAGCAGCAGUAGUAGUAGCAGCAGCAGCAGCAGCUCCUGCGGCCUCAUCGUCUCUCAGCAGCUCUAUGAAGAUGCGCUGACGCGGAGGCGGAAGCAGCAGCAGCAGUUGCUGCUGCUGCAGCAGCAGCAGCAACGCCUGAGCAGUGCAUCGAAGCUAACGCCGGCCUCACUUAGGGUCUUCAAGCAGCGCCUGUCUCGGGAGCUAAAGUAA